AUGGGUUCAUUUGAAUGUCUUUCGAGGGCUUUUGAAAACGCAAAUGAUUUGAUAAAUUUGUUUGCAUUAAAUUUUCACAUUAACUGUGAUCUUAUUAACGAGCGAUAUCUCCAGUACUCGAGACAAUCGACACCCGAAAGGGAUUCAACGAAGACUGACUACACGUACGCUCAGAGCUAUAGCUAUAAUCGGCGUAUAGAGCGGUCAAAGCUGUUUGACUGGUCGGUGCCAAACAUGUCU